AUGACUCUACGAAAGGCUUGGUACCCAGAGGGUAUGACUCCUCUAGCAUCGACUUUGUACCCCGAGGGUGUGACUCCUCUGGUCCUAUACCCGAGGAUUGAGGGGUUCCCAUACUCCUUGCGUCAUCCUGGAGACAAUAAUGGAGAUGGAGAGGAAGUUAAGAAACCGGAUGAGUAGUGUUGGGAAUGUUCGUCGUGUAUUAGGUGUAUGGCGGAUGGAUCAGCAUGGCUUGGAUCGGGCAGGUGGCUGGCGUUGAAGACGGUGUUGAUUUGAAUGUUGUAUCGCAAAGUUGCUGCAACUAUUUCUGGUUGACCUAAAUACGCUGUUGGUGAGACAUGAUGCUUAGGUAUUGGUCGUAUGAUGCAUACCUACGGGGUUGUUGUCCGAGGAUGUUGAGGUAUUCGGUAUUAAUUCCUGUUGAAAUAGCAGUUUGAAAGGUUGGGUUGUUUAGGUUGUCGCUCAUGUAUUGGACGAUUUCGGAGCGCACUAGUAUUCCUCGACGAGCGCUUGAAACCGCUGGUGUUCCUCGAGUUGGGGGUCGAAUGACAUGAUGGGCAUCAAACCUGUAGAGACGCGGGGAGAGGAUGUGGAUGAGGUGUUAAAACGCAGGAAGAGUAGUGACGGGAAUGCGCAUUGUAGAGAAGUUGAAUAGAGGAUGGGUCGCUGUCGGUUGGUUGUGGCAGUUGUGAUUGUGAUAGGGAAACGUGGAUAGGGAUAUUGUAUCGGCGUCUGGCAGCAAAAAUUUCAGGUUCGCCGAGGUAUGCUCUGGGGUCGGACAUGAUUUGGAGGUAGUCGUCAUACGAUGAGUAAAGCCUAGGAGGCUCCCCGAGGAUGUGCAGGUAUUCUGAGGCAAUUCCUGGAGAAAUAGCAUUCUGAAAAUCAGGAUCGUUCCGAUUGUCGCUUAUGAAGUGCAGCACUUCAGAGCGUACUUGUAGGUGUCUAUCAGGAUCGCCGUAUAUGUGCCUAGAUAUGGCGCGGAACCCGCAUGCGCCAUCGCCGAUUUCGGGGACAACCGACCAAACGUUUGGCGGUGGUGGCGGCGGAGGAUAUUGGGUCUGGAUUUGGGUGGAAUUUGUGUCACCGGAUGGAGGAGGAGUUUGACCAGUGGCGGCAUGCGUGAACGGAGCAUACACGCAGUUUUGUACGUGAGCGACAUUGUUCAAAACAUGAUCAGGUGGCACGAGAAUCAUGACGGAAUGCCUAUUCCUCGCUCUUGAGAGCGCAACAUACAGCUGGCCGUGAGAAAAGCAAUCGGAACGCAGAUCAAGACCUAUUCGCGACAAAGUCUGUCCUUGAGCCUUAUUAAUCGUGAGUGAAUAUGCCAGGCGAAUCGGGUACUGCACACGGUUAAAGGUGAUGCCAUUUCGACCUACUUGUGCAUGGAAAGAAAUACGAGGGAUGAGGACGAUGGUGUUGGUCUCAUCUAAUAAUUGCACUUUGAUUACACGAGAAUUUGGGGAAACAUCUCGAAUGACAACUUUCUGGCCGUUAACGAGGCCUUCUGAAAAGUUCAGAUUUCUUAUUAGCAUUGCAAGAGAAUCUGACUGCAGUUCUAGACGAUGGGGGGGAACACCGGGGACGUCAAUGUUAUUGAGGUUCUCUGUUGAGCAGAAGGCGGUGGCUGAAGAAUUGUUGUGAUCUUUAAUGAGUGUGUCUGAACUAGAGAAGGUAACGUGGUUGCCGUUGCGACGCGAAGAAAUGUCGUCGUUGCAUGAGUCGAUUGAAAUGUUAGUAGUAGCUAAUAUAGCACGGUGAUUGAGACGAGUGGCGUCCUCUUGGAUGUCGGGAUAGACAAAGUUUAUCAAGUCAUUGAAAUCGGUAGUAUACUGCAAGGAGAAUUUAUCGGAAGUUGAAGAGUCGCGAUUUGAGAGGGGGACGAGUUUUGCCCCAUCUUCAAAGGUGUUUGUAGGCUGAGUGUCCUCGCCAAUGGAACGCACGAAAGCAGCGUAUGCGGGAUCUUCUCUGUCACGUUGGGAAAUGGUUAAACGCAUACGUUUUGUCUUUGACCAUAGGUCGCUGGAAAUGAAGGAUGCUUCAACAGUGUCAGCAGCGGACCCAAAUGGCACGACGGGCCCACACUGACGCCAGUCGCCUGAAAAGCAUAUGGUGAUUCCACCAUAUAAGGACUGCGAGCCUCUGAUGUCGCGUAAUGAACGUUCUAGAGCUUCGAUACAGAAUCGGUGCGUCAUAGGGAGUUCGUCGAAAAUAAUGAGGUCGCAUUUGCGAAUGAGUUCGGCACGCUGGGAUUCGUUGCUAAUGUCACACAUGGCGCCAUCAACAACGCGCUCGUUCAAUGGGAGUUUAAACAUGGAAUGGGCGGUCCAACCGCCGGGAAGUUGUAGGGCGGCGAUGCCUGUAGAAGCUACGAUCAAAACAGUAAAACGUUGUCCUCUUAAACGUGCAGCAAUAACUUUUUCUGUGUGAGAUUUGCCGGUGCCAGCGGGUGCAUCAAUCAUGAAGGGCUGUGGAUGUUUGUUCCUGACGGCGUCAACAACCGCUGUGUAAACGUCACGUUGCUCGGAUGUUAAGCCAUGCUCAUAUUUAUCAGCGUAUUACGCAGUUUGUUCUGAAGUGUUAAAUGAAGCGAUCAUGCGUUGGUACUCGGUUUGAUGGUGUCUAGGGGCCGGGAGGCCGAGUUGUACAUUUGUCUUGCCGUGUUGAUGCAACUUGAGGUCAAUAAUACGCAGUGCUUGUUCGCACGCAUCGGUGUUGUCCAUCGUACGCGUGAAAUCAUCUAUGAGGUGAUCUUUGUAAUCAUUCCAUAAUUUGGACGCGGGGCCGCCAUCUAAAAUAAGAGUAACAACGAGUCCGCGUAGCUGAGACGGCAUUUCGAACGUGAUUGCCUCCUCCAUGCAUAUAAAAUAUUCUUCUUGUCCAGUGACGUACCCUUGCGCUCUUGCGGCAUCGUGAAAUGUAGGGUGUUCGAUGGUGACAUUGGCAGGAGUGGUGACGGUUCGCAAAUCAGUGUAAGAUCUACCUGGUGUUUUGUGGAGGAGGAGGCGGAGAUAAAAGAGGUCGCCGACAGUGGGAGACGCAAACUUGAUGCGACAGACCUGUGACUUUUUUCUGGCAGAGACGGUGUUACCGUACAAAUCCAACCAUUUGCCAGGCGGAGCGGAAGGUGGAAUGGGGUCGUCUUUUUCCUUUCGUGCAAUGGUGUACAUCUCGAAAUAGUCAAGCACCGUAAGGUUGUUGAAUUGGUCGUGGAGCGGACGCUUGAAGUAUCUCAUGAGGUCGGAUACAGCUUCGUCAGCGCAUUGGCGACGGACCUCGUCUGUGGCAUUGGACGGAUACAUGACGUUGUUCUCCCCUUCUAGGUGGGCUUGAACAAUGGUGACUGCGGGGUCACGACUGCGCAUUUCAUACCCCAACAUGCGCCAUGUUGCUUCGGACAUAGCGAGUUUUUCUGUAUUGUUCAAUUUGGCUGGUUCAAUUUGGCUGGUGAUGCCGGCACUCGAGCUCUCGAUAGAUCAUGACCUUUUCUGACUUUCCGUGUUGGUUUUGUGAGAUGACGUCGUCACCGGAUUUGUAGAGAGACCCGUCAGAGAUGGCGUGGUUAACCCCGGUGCAUUGGUUUUGUGCCUGAUCGUGGAAGACCCCUUCAAUGUGGAACGAUUCUUAGCUAUUGUCGAUAUUUUCACUGCGUGCCUAACACAGACGAUCGGGAGAGGUUCGGGUGAUUGUCCAUUGCAAUCAUGGCUUUGGUUGGUUGUUCUUUUUCACUGUACGUCCGCAGACACAUUCUGACAGCACUUCAGACAGCAGCUUUGUGCCCCGCCAGCUUCUUGUUCCAUGCCUACCAUGGUGUUUUUGUACAGACAGCACUUCAGACAGCAGUAUGCUGUAGUCGGCAAUCUUCCGUUUUGGUAUAGAUAGAGUGGGACAGGGAGGGGGUGAUGCUACUGUAGUCGAACGGUGGGACGGACGUGCAGUUCAGUUUUUGGGCACGCAUACGGUGCUGCAGGUAUUUUUUGGUGUACCUCUUCGGGCUCUUGGACACCUUUUUCUCGUUAUAUGUUUGCGUGUUCUGUAGAUCCU